AUGAGGUGUUCUAAAGGUCGAGGUCAAAAAUCGUUUAAAGGAUACAUCGCAGUAUUUGUAUGCAUGUCCUCAAAAGCAAUUCAUUUAGAAGCAGUAAGCGAUUUAUCAUCAGAAGCAUUUGUAGCUGCACUAAAAAGAUUUUUUUCAAGACGCGGAAAGAGUGCACAUUUGUAUUCAGAUAAUGGCACUAAUUUUAUUGGCGCAUUAAAAAAAUUAGAUAAAGAGUUUGGAAAUGCGAUCAAAAAUAAUACUUCGAUGGUACCAAUUCUUGCAGCAGAAAAAAUUGAAUGGCAUUUUAUUCCACCGGCAAGUCCGCAUUUCGGCGGUAUAUGGGAAGCUGCUGUAAAAUCAACAAAGUAUCAUUUGAAGCGUGUAAUAGGUGAAACAAAAUUAACAUUUGAAGAGAUGACUACACUUCUGAAUCAAAUUGAAGCAGUACUCAAUUCUCGACCGCUCUGCUAUAUAAGUAGCGAAAUUGACAGCAUUGAUGUUCUUACACCUGGACAUUUUUUAAUAGGUCGUUCAAUAUUAGAUGAACCAGAAGCUGAAGUUAAAAAUAAUAUAAGUUUAGUAGACCGUUGGAAACUUUUACAAAAAAUUAAAACAGAUUUUUGGAAAAAAUGGAAGAAGGAAUAUGUCCCUUCUCUUCAAAAACGAAACAACUGGUUUAGAAAAAAACAAAUUUAA